AUGAAUGUGGAUGCGGAGCAUACAGAAAGACUACAUAAACAGAAUAUAGAAAGAGCAAGAGUACGUAAUAAUAAUCUUUAUGAACAACAGUUAGCUUAUAGUAGACAAUUAACAGAUCAAGGUCUUGUCAGAACAAUACCGGUACUUCAGCAAACCGAAUCGUCAUUAGAUUUAGAAUUAGAACCCGAACCAUUACUAGCACAUUGA